AUGAUGUGAACUCAAAGUCAGUUGAUAUGGACUCAAAUCCCAAUGAUAUGGACUCAAAGGCAAGUGACUUGGACUCACAAUCUGAUGAUAUAGACUCAACACCUAAUGGUAUGGACUUAAAAUCUGUUGAUAUGGACUCAAUGUCUGAUAAUAUUGACUCCAAAGUUCCAAUAAGUGAAGAAGGUUCAUAUUUAUUAAUUAAUUUUGAUCAUACUAACAAACAGCCAAUUCUAAAAGUAGUGCUUCCAAAAUUAUCAAAAUCUGAGAUAAAGAAGUAUACGAAAUAUAGCACACUUGACCGAGGAAAUCAUGUUGGAUCCAAAGAAAUAUGUUUUGAUGAUUCAAAAGGAGUGAGCAGCGACAAAAUUGAUCAAAUUGUAUCAGUAGACAUUGUCCCUAAAGAAAAACAUGAAAC